GACCGACUCGACAGCUUCGCCCAGCGCCGAUACAAUACUCCAAAAUGGCUCCCAAGGACGCGAAGAAAGGCGGUGCCUCCAAGGCCGGGAAGGGCGCUCAGGCGAAGAAGGCUGCCCAGGCUGCCCUGAAGGGUGUGCACGCCCACAAGAAGGUCAAGGCCCGCUACUCGACGACCUUCCACCGCCCCAAGACCCUUCAGCUGUCUCGCGCGCCCAAGUACCCGCGCAAGUCGAUCCCUCACGAGCCUCGCCUCGAUGAGCACAAGGUCAUCAUUCACCCCCUCAACACCGAGGGUGCGCUGAAGAAGAUUGAGGAGCAAAACACCCUCGUUUUCAUCGUCGAUGUCAAGGCCAACAAGGCCCAGAUCAAGCAGGCCUUGAAGAAGCUCUAUGACAUUGACACCAUCAAGGUCAACACCCUGAUCCGCCCUGAUGGCUCCAAGAAGGCCUUUGCCCGCCUCACCCCUGAUGUCGAUGCCCUCGACAUUGCGGCCACCAAGCUUGGCCUCGUCUAAACGGUGUUACUUGGACUUGGGACAGUCAAAAAUGAAAAAAAUGCGGCAUCAUCGAAGGGACAUGGAUUGCAUUUCGAUCGGCGUC